AUGUUAUCAACUCAUGCUAAGAAAGUAGAUGUGGCAGUUAAUGAAACCUAUAGAAUUAUUACUGGCUGCCUAAAACUGACUAACACCAACAAAUUAUAUACUCUUUGCGGUAUAGCUCCACCAGAGAUCAGACGACAAGUAACAGCCGAAGAAGAGAGAAAGAAAUGCAACUCCAACGGAAGACAUCCUUUGUACGGCUACAUACCACGAAAUAACAAAACACAGUUUUCUACACAGCACUACAGGGACCCUGCAAUCGAAAGCCGAUGGACGUAUAUUGAAAUAAUGAAAUGGAAAGAUAGAUGUAAAACGGACGACCCAAUAAGGACUAGAACCUCAGAGAGCCUCCGACCGGGUAGGGACCUGAAGUAUGGACUCUGGAAAACUUUAAACACUACCUAA